AAAACAAAUAACUCUCGUGCAAUACUUUUGAGCUCAACCGCUAGUAUUAUUAACAUAAAGAGCAGCUAACAAAAGAAACCGCGCAGCCCAACACACAAUGUGGCAGACGCUGCUCGGCCUCAGUUGUCUCUAAAGCAAGCGGGCGGACGGACGAGCAGCAAAGCAAUCAACAAUAACCAAAACAACAAAAAUAGCGACAAGAACGUAAUAACAACAAUAACAAUGAAACAAUUUCAUUUCAUUAAAUGUAUGUAAAUGCGUAACAGACCCUAGCGAGCGCACCUUCACCUCACCUACUCAUUGCCAACGCCGGAGCCAGCAGUAAUGAGUUGCCAUCGCAUAAAUGAGCACACCACAAACAGUAAUAACAGAACGUACAUAAAGAAUAAACAAAUAAAAAUCAAAACAACACCUGAGGGCGAACAGCGACAAACACAAAGACAGCGACGACGACGACGCUGCCGGUGAGAACCUGAACCCAGUUCCAAGUCAACCCAACAUAAGCAAAGCGCAAAGAAAGAAAGUAAGCUUCAAGUGAAAAUUAGGCCAACAUUUGCAACAGCCGCAAACGUUGGCUAACAAGCGGCAGCAACGGCAACAAGAAGAAGGCAUAGAAGAAGAAAGAAGAAGAAGAGCAGAGAGAGAGAGAGAGAGAGAACCGUAUCCAUGAAACCUUAGCCAUAAACAGCCGCAACAAUACCUCAAAAUGGACUUUCUGGCCAAUUUCAUAAAGAACCCACAAAGUAUGUUGUCUACGUACAUUGAUCUGGACUAUUCGCUAUGGCUCUAUCGAUUUCUAACGCCGCUGAUUGUCACAUUCCUGCUUCCGCUCGUCUUCGUGGCGCUUAUCUAUAUAUCAUUUUUGGUGCUCUUCAUCUACAAGCUGCACAGGAAGGUCAUAAUGCGAUCCGUGCAAACGGAUCGAAACUUUUGGCGCGUCGGCCGCAAGAUUGUGGCCGCCAUUUGGGAUGCACAUGCUCGCAUCUAUCAUGGCUAUGAGGUAAUCGGCUUGGAUAAUAUACCCCAGGAGGGUCCAGCGUUGAUCGUUUAUUAUCAUGGCGCAAUACCCAUCGAUAUGUACUAUCUGAACUCACGGAUGCUGCUGCAGCGCGAGCGUCUGAUCUACACAAUUGGCGAUCGAUUUCUGUUCAAGCUGCCCGGCUGGGGCACCAUCUCGGAGGCAUUCCAUGUCAGCCCCGGCACGGUGCAGUCCUGUGUCAGCAUAUUGCGUGAUGGUAAUCUGUUGGCCAUCUCACCGGGCGGCGUCUAUGAGGCACAGUUUGGUGAUCAUUAUUAUGAGCUGCUCUGGCGUAAUCGUGUCGGCUUUGCCAAGGUGGCACAGGAAGCGAAGGUGCCAAUAAUACCCUGCUUUACACAAAACUUGCGUGAGGGCUUCCGCCAGGUGGGCAUCUUUCGCACGUUCUUUAUGCGUCUAUAUAACAAAUUGCGCAUACCCGUGUAUCCCAUCUACGGCGGCUUCCCAGUCAAGUUUCGCACAUAUCUGGGCAAGCCCAUCGACUAUGAUGAGAAUCUGACGCCGCAGGAGCUGCAAAUUAAGGUGGCCACUGCCAUUGAGGAUCUAAUCAAUCAGCAUCAGCGUCUGCCUGGCAGCAUACUUUGGGCGCUUUUGGAUCGCCUGCCGGCAUUCAAACGUAAUCGCAAAAGCCCCGCCUGCAACUCCAGUAAAGACAAAGCAGACUAAACGAUGCAGCAGUCCAUCUUCGAUUGUUAACAAUAAUAAUAACUGUGUUAAUCACUAAUAUAUCUAAACAAUUACGAGGGCAUUGAACAUUGAAUCCGAUUGUAUAACAGAUACAAUGCGCCGCCAUAAGACUUUCGUUCCAUGUACUUCAUUAUAAUACAUUUAUAUAUAUAUCCUAACGUGUACUUCCGUCUAGUUGUAACUUAACAAUUUUAUAACUCGCGCUCGUUUAAGGUUGCCAGCCCUUAAGUGCAAUAAUCCGCCUUGUAUAGCUAAUAAUUUUUGGUACAUAGAACAAUACAAUACAGAAUACAAAAUGCUUUGUUAGCCUUAAGUUCGUUGUCGAACAAAUGAAAUUAAGUAAUUAAUAAUUACUAUAAUUCGUCUAAUUUUUUCGUACUUUUAUAAACAUAUAUAAAAAGCAAUUUAGCCCUAAAUGCUAGCUGUUUGUAAUUUCUAAUCCCAGAAUGGUUCGUGUGCGUGUGAUUGCGAGAUUGAAUAUAGCUUCUUGUAUUGUGUAAAUGUGAAACUAGAAAUUCUUAUACGUCUAAUGGAAUUGAAACUUUAUUUAUAAGCAAAACUUAACUUUAUGUUGAUUUUUAAUUAAAGAGAAAAGAGC